UUUUUUCUCAACGUGUCUGAAAUAAAGAAAACAAGAAAACUGCAAGAAAUUUAGUUAGGGUUUAGCUUAAACCUCAAGAACCAGAACCCUCAACCAUGGAGGAAACCACCGCGCCGGAAGAACAGCUCCCGGAGAAAAACACAUCCUCCUCCUCCUCCUCCUCCUCCUCCGCUGAAGAAAUGGACGUGGACAGCCCCAAAGCAGAGGCCAAAGCGGACGACAAGUCUAAACAGAGUCGUGGUUGCGAGGAAGAUGAUAAGGUCCAGUCAGGCGACGACAAAGCUACUGAUUCCAAGAAGCAGAAGGUAGAUGACAGAAAGGGGAAAGCCAAAGUUGAUGAACAAAGUGAAGAGAAGAAGAAGGAGAAAAAGAAGAAGAAGGAUAUACCAACCGGUCCAGUGAAACUGGGUUACAGGACCUUCGAUUCUUCGGUGGACAUGUACGAUUACUUCUACAAGUUUCUUCAUUUCUGGCCCCUUAAUGUCAACGUCAACAAGUAUGAACAUGAAAUGUUGCUGGAAUUGGUGAAGGGAUACAAGCAUGGUGAUCGGAAGAUGGGCGUGGGAGUCCGGUCCUUCCAAGUGCGCAUGCACCCCACGUGGAUGGGCAGGUGCUUCGUCCUCAUCAGGGAGGAUGGAUCUGAGGAAGAUUUUCGCUUCCGCAAAUGUGUGCAUAGUAUUCUUCCAUUGCCGGAUGAGAUGCUUCCGCAACCUGGAGUGGACACCUACUUACGCAGCAGAAGUAAGUACGCCAAACAGGGAGGGCCUGCCGCUGCCUCUGCCGCUGCCGGAUCAGGAAACUAAUUUCUCAGAGAUCUUCACUCUUCGCUGUGUUGUGCAUACUUCACCAACUUCUUCCAUACUUCCUCUUAUUUGUAAAACUGCACUACCCACAUUUUUUACUCUCUAUUACAUUUGAUACUCAUAUUCCUUGCUUCACCCAAGUUCAACCAAAUUUUGGUUUUUGUUACUGUCAACUUCCAUUUGUAUCAUAUUCCCAAAUGCUAGACCUUUUGAAUGC